AACUUCACGGUACCGUCGGCGCUGUGCGGACUGGACCCGCCGGGACUCGCUGUGGAUUUAUUCCCUCCGAAAUCUUGACCAUUAUCCGCCGUCAGCUCGGUGUAGCCUCAGCUAGGCUAACGAAACGGAUUCAUCCUGGAAGCAGCCGAAGAACCGCGCAUCUCGACGCGGCAAGGAUGCUUUGCGACCCGCGGCAGGUGUGACGAGAUGUCGGCGGAGCCACCGCCGACCACAGGCCGAGUGGUGCUGGUCAAGAAGAUCAUCAUGAAGGACGGAGUCACGCUCCAGCCAGGCAUCGGCCGGCCUAGUGUCUAUCAUGCCGUGGUCGUCAUCUUCCUUGAGUUCUUCGCCUGGGGUCUGCUCACAACGCCUAUGCUGACCGUGUUGCAUGAAACAUUCCCUCAGCACACGUUCCUGAUGAAUGGACUUAUUCAAGGCGUGAAGGGGCUGCUGUCAUUCAUGUCGGCUCCUCUGAUAGGUGCUCUGUCAGACGUAUGGGGAAGACGACCUUUCCUGUUGGUCACUGUGUUCUUCACCUGUGCUCCAAUCCCACUGAUGCGGCUCAGCCCCUGGUGGUACUUUGCCAUGAUCUCCAUGUCAGGAGCAUUCUCUGUCACCUUCUCAGUCAUUUUUGCUUAUGUGGCUGACGUGACCAAUGAGAGGGAGCGGAGCACAGCCUACGGUUUGGUGUCGGCUACAUUUGCAGCCAGUUUGGUGACAAGCCCGGCCAUCGGGGCGUACCUGUCAGCCUGGUACGGAGACAACCUGGUGGUCCUGGUGGCCACGCUGAUCGCUCUGGCAGACAUCUUCUUUAUCCUUCUGGCCGUCCCCGAGUCUCUACCUGAUAAGAUGAGGCUGAACACGUGGGGGGCUCCGAUAUCCUGGGAACAAGCUGAUCCCUUCACUUCUCUGAGGAAGGUGGGCCAAGACUCCACCGUCCUGCUCAUCUGCAUCACUGUGUUCCUUUCCUAUCUGCCUGAGGCUGGCCAGUAUUCAAGCUUCUUCUUGUAUCUAAGACAGGUUAUCAACUUCUCCUCUACGACCAUCGCUGUGUUCAUCGGGGUGGUGGGAAUCCUCUCCAUCAUUGCCCAGACUCUUUUCCUCACUCUCCUGAUGAGAACUCUCGGCAAUAAGAACACAGUGCUCUUGGGCUUGGGUUUCCAAAUCCUUCAGCUGGCUUGGUACGGCUUCGGCUCCGAGCCAUGGAUGAUGUGGGCAGCUGGAGCUGUCGCUGCCAUGUCCUCCAUCACCUUCCCUGCAGUCUCAGCUCUGGUGUCUCAGUCAGCUGACCCUGACAAACAAGGUGUAGUGCAGGGAAUGAUAACGGGUAUCAGAGGUUUGUGUAACGGCCUCGGACCUGCUCUCUAUGGAUUUAUCUUUUUCCUCUUUAACGUGGAGCUUAACACAAUGGACCCCAUCCAGGGGGAGUUCAACAUCGACCCGCUGCCUGUUAACGGCCCCACCGAGCAUGCUCUCAUCCCUGGCCCGCCCUUCCUGUUAGGAGCGUGCACCGUGGUCAUCGCAUUCCUCGUCGCUCUCUUCAUCCCGGAGAAGCCGACCACCUCAGAUUUACCGCUGUCCCUCACUGACAAGCCCCACCCCGAGAGCAAAGAGUCUCUAUCAUCAUUAGCCGGCGUCCACAUCAACACGCCUCUGCCUGGCAGCGACGAAGAAACGCCACCCGCAGCCAGCGAUGAGGACUUUGAGCCGCUGCUGCAGGACAGCAUCGUUUGAUGAAGAAGUUAAGGUUGGGACUGUCAUUGUGAUUUUUGGGUCACAGGUUCUCUGGCACAUGGCCGGGGUUAUGUGUAAUGUGAUUGUCAAAGAUUGUGACGGCUGCAUCUGCGUUGUUUCGUUGCCAGAAGGCGGGACUCGAGGCCCGGCGACCAUCUUUACAUUUUUGUUGACCACUCAAUGUGGAGAAGCAAAGACGUGGGAUUGAGUUGUCAUCACUGAAUAAGAAACGUGACAUACGCGGGGCCAAAAGAAGCAACCCAAAUCAAUUCAUCAUUGAAGUUUAUGGUUUAAAAAAGGCAUUUUGCUGCCUUCCUUUCAUUUUGUAAAAACAGUCUGCAAGGUGUUUCCUGCAGCCUAAACAUCUGUGUUGAUUUUAACACUUAACACUAUACGUUUUUGUUACUGGUAGGCUUAAGAUGCUCACUCUUAGCAGCUAUGGUUAACUGAAAUAUUUGAAUGUGAAGAGCAAGGAGCAAAGUUUGAAACUUGACAUUCGAUCUCACUGGUUUAGUUUUCAUUAAUCAAGGGUCAAUGAACUCCCUUUUAAUAACAUAAUAGAUUAUAAUAACCUCACAUAUACUCACUGUUAAUUUGUCACGCUACCUCAUAUCAGUGUGUUGUAUUCACACUCCACCAACGUUGACAUCUUUAAUGUUUUUUCUUUUUUCCAAGUCACUUUACUAAGGUGCUGCUGAAAGCCUGAGAGUAACCUCAAAACUUCAACUUUUUACUUCAGCUGUUUUCAGUCUGAGCAUUUCCUUGUUACUUUUUAAAGAAAGUAAUCGUUGCUGAAUUUGGCACACAGCUAGCAGACAAAAUAUUAAUUUCUGUUGGAUUUUAAAGUAUAUUUUGUAUAAUAUGUGUUUUGUAUUGUCCAUUAAAUUGAACAAUAGACUGAGACGUUGACAAGUUCCGCUCUCAGAGAAUUCCAGCUAGAUAACAAAUAUAAAAACAGGACACAGUUUAUACAAAGAAAAAAACUUUUAUAUGUUGGUAUUUUAAUAGUUAGACUAUAGUACUAUAGUAUACUUUUAUCAUUGAUACACUGCAUUUCAUUUACAGUAUUGUCCCACUGGCAGAAGAAACAUGGCCUUGUUUGUCCAAAAACAGUGUGGGUGCAAAGUGAAUCCUAUUUUGUGUCUCAUGACUCAUAAACAUGUUGCAGAUAAGAGGUUGUUUCCUUGACAGCAACUGCUUUGCGGUGAAUGAACUCAACACUUGAAGCAUCAGGUGACUAGGUGAAGAAAGCUUUAGAGAAGGUUUGAGGGGGCACAUGAGUGUACAUAGAUAUAUGCUUUAUGACCGUAAAAUGUAUAUGUGAAUGAUGUCAUUUGUAUUAUAACAAAAUAAGGGAAUGGUAUGCUUUUCGUGGUUGAAAUUGUAAUGAAGCUGGAGAAGAGGUUGACGAAAACAUAUCUUAUUGCGACCACAUUAUGAUGCAGACAUCUUGUUGAUGUUACUUUUCUUUGAGCCUUACCAGCAGCAGAGCUAGAAAUGUUCGUUCUGGGGAAUGGUUUCACUCUGCACUGAAAAUACCCACCUGACAUGUAUCACGAUCACAGAGAGAAUAUGGAAAUAGUCACCCUUUCUUCCUGUGAUUUUUUUUUUAUGCCACCUUCCCAGUUAUUUUUCUCACAAACCUAAUGUAAUUCUUGCACUUUGAUCUCAUGUAGUUUCAACAAAAGCCUUCAAAAGUCAUCUACCUAGGCUGAACAUACAGUAUUAUCCAUGCUUAGGAAAACUCCACCAGCUCUGAAUUUGGUCAUUAAUGUGCACGCUCACAUUAUCGCCAGAUUGACUUCUGCCCCGCUAUUUGGGCAGCAGUGAGACUGAGUUGACUGUGUAAAUACUGUACAUGGUUUGGGUGUCUACAUGUGAAGAAAUAAAAUGUACAUGAAAUUCACUGUAAAUAUUACCCCAUGUGUUUUGUCUGACGUGUGCAAGAACAUUUGUGACUAUAUGAAAUAAAAAUCUAAACUAAG